CCAAUCAGAAUUAAAAUGGGGCGGGUCUUGGUUGCCGGAGUGGAGACGUCACGUUGGAGAGUACGUUAGCAAGCGAACAGUCGGCAGGAUGGAGUCAUGGAGAAAUGCCGCAGUGAGAGGAAGUUGUCUGCGCUUACGCUGAAACACAGGGCUGUCCAUUCGAUCAGUAUAACAGUACAGGCAGAGAGAACGACGUGCACAGACGGGAGAGAAGAGACAGCAGAGGUGAGUGAAGCUGGUGAUGUGGCGCCAUCUGAACGAGAAGAUCCUGCUAAAACCAAGAAUAUUAGCGACGAGAAUGGCCUCGAUGGGUUCAGAAGAAAGAGCAGAUCGCAACUUUUGGAUCCGGAAUUAUGUGAAAUGCGUUUUCACCUGGCAUCAGAACAACUGGACAAAAGAUGAUGGAGUUUCCUUCAGUGUCAUGUCUUGUAAAUGUCAUUCUGCCUAAUGUCAAGGAAUGACGAGGAAAAUAAUUUCUGCUGAGAAGUUUGCCUGAGGACUCUGCAGCAGACGUCCAAGGAAUAGAAGACUGCUCUAACCAAUUCUGGACAGUCAAGUGGAGACGACUGCUUAAUGAGGAAGAUGGCGGCUCAGGUUUUGCUUUUGGAUUUGGAAAGAAAGAUUUGCUUGUGAUUUGGAAAGAAAGAUUUGCUGUGACGUGCGAAUUCGCUCAUGUUCUCAAUCUUUGUAUUUUUUCUUUUACAUGUACCUCACUAUCAUAUUUUAUUGUUUUUGUUUUGUUGAAACUAUGCCUGUAUUUCAGUAUGCUAUUUUGUUUUUAUUAGAAAAAUAAAAGUUUUGUGAUUGAACAUUUUGCGACUUGCUCUUAUUGGAUGAAAAAAUCAUUACGUUUUUAAAGAUAUUUACAUAUUUACAGUAUACAUCCAAUCUCAACUAAAUCCGGGUUUAAUUUGUUUCCAUUUUAAUUGAACAAAUUUUUAAGUUGCCUAGUUGUUUUGCUUCGCUACUUCAUUUAUCAACAAUUAAUUACUAUUGGACCAUUGCGAGUCAAUAUGUUUAAAUUGAACCAAGGUUUAGGGCUCUUUAAUUGGCUUUAGCCAAACUGGCUUGUUAUAUCCCUACAAUAAUAAGGCUUUUGCAAAUUAUUUUGGCUUAUGGCACCUAUAAUAUUCUAAUCAUUGAUACAACCACUGAUUUCUUUAAAUAAAAUAGGCAGUUAAUGACCAGAAAACAACGUCAAAGUCUUCAUUCAUCUUCAAAUAUCCUGUUAACAUGAAAUACAAUUACAUAUGCAGAGCCAAGUGUAAAGGGUUAAAACUAAAUGGUCUAAAAUGGUGUCCAGUGUAGUCCAACACUGCAAAAUGGCUCCUCUUGCCUCAUUUCCUGUCUGUGCAGGAAGUGAAGGCUCAGAAAUAUUUUUUUCAUAAAAGCACAAAAAGAUUUCUCUUGAUGCCCACUAAUCAUUUAUUCUAAUGCUUGUAGGGUUGUUAUAACUUGAACAUUAAAAAUAAAUAUAAAACAGCUAGUUUAUAUUUUAAAAUAAAAGGGGUGGGACUUGGGUGCAUCACCUGAGUCCUGGGUAAAUGGAGAGAACGUCAAUCAAAGGCUAAGCUCUCAGAGCUGGGAAGGAGCUUUAGAUGGCGGAUGAACCUUGGGAACGGGAGAGCGUUGAGCCUCGCAGGGCUCUCAAUAGCACUUGUAUCUCAACUUUGGUGAACUUUGGAUCCCACUAGGGACUUAAUUAUUGCGCAAAUUCGUUCUUUAUUUUACGUUUCGGAAUAUAUAGACGUUAAUGCGUAGAUUUUGUGACUUGUUUCGUCGAAAACCUUGUGCUGCGUGCGUAGAGUGGCCAGUCGUUGUUUUCCCUGCCUUGUACUGGCAGCCAUUGCGGUCCUCCAUUUUUAGUGCGCUCUGCUGGGCUCUUCUCACUCUCUCUCUAUUCAAAUAGCCAUCCUUGGAUUAUAGCAGCUAUUUUUCUUUUCGAAUAUUAUUCCGAUUUUCAUUUUCACCUGAAUUGUGGAAUAUUUUUAUUUUUUGUUCUAAUGGACUAAGUUACAAAUCGCAUUUUUUGUCAGAUGUGAAUGUAGUGCUUCAAUCCUCCUCCUGUCAAUGGAAUAGGUAUGUUUACAUUGUUUAUAUUGUUUAAUUUCUAUUGUCGAUUUCGUUGUGUUUCAUCGUGUUGUUUUAAUCGUCCUUUGUCUGAUGACGCAGUAGGAAUUUAUGUAUGUGGCUGUGUGAAUCUAUUUGCUUGAUAUGCUAUCGACACAUGGUUUUUAUGACGACGAAUAGAGUCGAGCAGGUGUCAUUUCAUUUCCGAUGCUUUAUAACUUUAGAAAUACUGUAAACGUUUAUUUAUUUUAAGUCGUUCGAGUUUUUCGCAACGUCGAGACUUUUUGCCGUCCUUUGAAAGCGGACUGACUCGCUUGAUGGUUCAUCCCACUUUAAACUUUUGACAGUUAUUACCUGGACAAAAGACCAUCAUUAACAAAAAGUUCAAGACAAAAUCAUGAUGAAGAAUAAGAAUAAAAAGCAGGAAGACGAAGGCUCGACCCAAAGCAAUGCUUCCAGCAACUCAGCGUCAGAGGAAUCAAACCGCUCUGGGUCAGAAUCUGGGAGUCAGUCGGAGAGUGAGCAAGGAAGUGAUAGGCCUCGUUCCCGGCGUUCCGAGUCCAACAGCACCUCAGAUUCAGAGAGCCACUCAGAGUCGGAGAGUGAAUCCACUGGGUCCAAGUCUCGCCAGACUUCAGCACAGGGCAAAGACAAACCAGUCAGAAAGAAAGACAACCUGGCAGAUGUGAAGAAGAUGUGGGAAGAACAUCCAGAUAUUUAUGGUGUUAGAAGAUCCAGUCGCAGCAGACAAGAGCCUGCCCGCCUCAACAUUGGAGCUGAGGGCAGCAGUGGUUCAGAGAGUGAAAGUCCCAAAAGAAAAGGCUCACGUCAGAAAAAGAAAGAUAAAACCUGGAAAGAUGAUGACUCAAAUGGUGAAGAUGAUGAUGAUGAUGAGGAAGAGGCCAGCAGUUCAGAGAGUGAGCAGGAAGAGAAAAAAGUUAGAUCCAGACGACUUCCUGCUAGAAGACCACAGACCAAGUCAUCUGCAGGCAAGCAGUCCCAAAAAGCACGAAAACAGAGGAAACAAGAGUCUUCCGAAGAAGAAGAUGAUGACGAUGAUGAUGAUGAUGAUGACGAUGAUGAUGAGGAGGAUACCCCAAAAAGACAAACAAGGCGCAGAGCAGCAACUAAAGUCAGUUACAAGGAGGAUCAGAAUGAUUUUGAGACGGACUCAGAUGAUCUCAUUGAAAUGGCAGAAGGUGCUGAGGAGCAACAGGAUGACGACAGUGAGACCAUUGAGAAGGUUCUUGAGACCAGGAUAGGAAAGAAAGGAGCUACUGGAGCUUCCACAACCUUUUAUGCUGUUGAGGAAAAUGGAGACCCUGGAGCAGACUUUGACCCCGAGAAAGAGGAAGGGGAAACUCAGUUCCUCAUCAAGUGGAAAGGCUGGUCCUACAUCCACAACACUUGGGAAAGUGUGGACUCUCUCACGCAGCAGAAGGUCAAAGGGAUAAAGAAGCUAGACAACUUCAAGAAGAAAAACGAAGAGCUUAAUGCUUGGAUGAAAAGAGCUUCACCUGAGGAUUUAGAGUAUUACAACUGCCAGCAAGAACUAACUAAUGACCUGAGCAAGCAAUUCCAAAUUGUAGAGAGAGUGAUUGCCACGAGAACAGGAAAAUCACAAGCAUCCUCAGAUUUUUCACCCCAAAAAAGCACUUCCAGUGAGCCCGAGUACUUGUGUAAGUGGAUGGGACUGCCCUAUGCCGAGUGCACCUGGGAGGAUGGAGCAUUAAUUACAAAGAAAUUCCAGUCGUGCGUUGAUAGUUUCCAAACCAGGAAUGCCUGUAAGACGAUCCCUUCCAAAGACUGUAAGGUGUUGAAACAGAGGCCAAGGUUUUUACCCUUGAAGAAACAGCCUUCUUACAUUGGAGAUGAGAACCUUGAACUCAGAGAUUACCAGUUAGAUGGAGUUAACUGGCUCGGCCACUCCUGGUGCAGGUGUAACAGUGUUAUCUUGGCUGAUGAAAUGGGUCUUGGUAAGACCAUUCAGACCAUCUCCUUCCUGUCUUACCUUUUCCAUCAACAUCAGCUUUAUGGGCCCUUCCUGGUGGUGGUUCCCCUGUCAACUCUCACCUCCUGGCAGAGGGAGUUUAAUAUCUGGGCACCUGAUAUGAAUGUAGUGGUCUACCUGGGAGAUGUCUCAAGCAGAAAGACAAUCCGUGACUACGAAUGGAUCCAUCAGCAGACAAAAAGAAUCAAGUUCAAUGCACUUUUGACCACGUAUGAAAUUCUACUGAAGGAUAAGGGAGUGUUGGGCAAUAUAAACUGGGCCUUUCUGGGAGUUGAUGAAGCUCACCGGCUUAAGAAUGAUGAUUCACUUCUGUACAAAACUCUGAUUGACUUCAGAUCCAAUCACAGGCUGCUCAUCACAGGGACUCCGCUGCAGAACUCCCUCAAGGAGCUGUGGUCCCUUUUGCACUUUCUGAUGCCUGAAAAGUUUGAGUCCUGGGAGGAUUUUGAGGAUGAGCAUGGUAAAGGCAGGGAGAACGGAUAUCAGAGCCUGCACAAAGUUCUGGAGCCUUUCCUGCUGCGGCGUGUCAAGAAAGACGUCGAGAAAUCCCUGCCUGCUAAAGUGGAGCAAAUCCUCCGAGUCGACAUGUCCGCCCAGCAGAAACAGUUCUACAAGUGGAUCCUAACAAGAAACUACAAAGCUUUGUCUAAGGGCACCCGGGGCAGCUCCUCUGGCUUUCUUAACAUCGUGAUGGAGCUGAAGAAAUGCUGUAACCAUGGUUUCCUCAUCAAACACCCGGAGGACAGUGAGACUGAAACGGCACAAGAGCGGCUGCAGGCUGUGGUGCGUGGCAGUGGGAAGCUGGUUCUUCUGGAUAAGCUGCUCACACGACUGAGGGAGAGAGGAAACCGUGUUCUCAUCUUCUCGCAGAUGGUCCGCAUGUUGGACAUACUUGCAGAUUACCUGUCUUUCAAACGAUAUCAAUUCCAGCGUUUGGACGGCUCUAUCAAGGGAGAGAUCAGAAAGCAAGCAUUGGACCACUUUAAUGCUGAAGGCUCUGAGGACUUCUGUUUUCUGCUGUCCACACGUGCAGGAGGGCUUGGAAUUAACCUGGCCUCUGCCGACACGGUGGUCAUCUUUGACUCAGACUGGAAUCCACAGAAUGAUCUUCAGGCCCAGGCCAGAGCCCACAGGAUUGGCCAGAAAAAACAAGUGAAUAUCUAUCGUCUGGUCACCAAAGGCACGGUGGAGGAGGACAUUAUAGAAAGGGCAAAAAAGAAGAUGGUUCUUGACCAUCUCGUCAUUCAGAGAAUGGACACCACUGGGCGAACCGUCCUGGAUAACAACUCUGGAAAUUCAAACUCAAACCCCUUCAAUAAAGAAGAGUUGACAGCAAUCUUAAAGUUUGGAGCAGAGGAUUUGUUCAAAGAAGCUGAGGGAGAGGAAUCAGAACCACAGGAAAUGGACAUCGAUGAGAUCUUGCGGCUUGCUGAAACAAGAGAGAGUGAUCAGGGAUUAGGGAGUGCCACAGAUGAGCUUCUGUCACAGUUCAAGGUAGCAAACUUCACCAUGGAUGAAAGCACUCCAGAGCUUGAGGAGAAGCCUGUGCGAGACUGGGAUGACAUCAUUCCUGAAGACCAGCGAAAGAAGGUGGAGGAGGAACAGAAACAGAAAGAGAUGGAAGACAUCUACAUGCUGCCCAGAAGUAGGAGCUCCAACAAAAGGGCACAAGCUAAUGACAGUGACAGUGAUGUGGGAUCAAAACUGAAGCAGAGAACCUCAGGCUCUGACAGCGAAUCAGAUGACAGCGGGGAUGACAAACGGCCCAAGCGAAGAGGCAGGCCGAGAGCUCGCAAAAACAACGUCGAGGGAUUUACAGACGCUGAGAUCCGCAGGUUCAUAAAGGCAUAUAAGAAAUUUGGAGCACCGCUUGAGAAGUUGGAGGCGAUUGCCCGUGACUCUGAGCUGGUAGAUAAAUCUAUAGCAGACCUGAAGCGAUUGGGAGAACUGCUGCACAACAGCUGUGUGACUGCAGUACAAGAGCACGAGGAACACAUGAAGGAAAACCCUGUGGAAGCUAAAGGACCUGGGAAAAGAAGAGGCAUCAACAUCAAGAUCUCAGGGGUUCAGGUCAAUGCAAAGUCCAUUAUCCAGCAUGAAGAAGAUUUAGAGCCACUCCAUAAAUCUGUGCCUUCAAAUCCUGCGGAAAGGAGCAAAUUUCAGCUGACCUGUCGAGUGAAAACACCCCAUUUUGAUGUAGACUGGGAUAUUAAUGAUGACACUCAGCUGUUAUUGGGCAUCUUCGAGCACGGCUACAGCAACUGGGACCUGAUUAAGACCGACCCUGAUCUCAAACUCUCAGAGAAGAUUCUACCAGAUGACCCUAACAAGAAACCUCAGGCAAAGCAGUUACAGAUGCGAGCGGACUACUUGCUCAAGAUGCUGAAGAAAGAACAGGAAAACCAAGAUACAGCAAAAGCAGGAGAUGAGACCAAAGCCAAAAAGAGGAAACCUCGAACGAAAAAAAAGGCCCCAAACAACGAGCUGGCUAAUGAGAUUUCCUCUCCUCGUCUCUCUGACAACCCAUCAGAGGAGGGAGAAGUGAAGGACGACGGAGCAGAAAAAUCACCCACAAAGAAGAAACAGAAAAAGGAUAACAAAGAGAACAAAGAAAAAACAGGAACUCCUAAAAAAGAAAAGGAGGGGGAGAAGGACAAAAAGCGCUGCAAGUCCAAAAAAGAGAAGGCCAAACCAGGAGGCAAAGGGAAGAAGGCUCAGGGUCCAGUGCACAUCACUGCUGGAAGUGAGCCGAUACCAAUUGGAGAGGAAGAUGAUGAGUUGGAUCAGGAGACAUUCAGUAUUUGUAAGGAGAGGAUGAGGCCAGUGAAGAAAGCUCUGAAGCAGUUGGAUAAACCAGAUGAGGGUCUGUCAGUACAAGAACAGCUGCAGCACACUCGUACCUGCCUGCUGAAGAUCGGAGACCGCAUCACUGAGUGCCUCAAAUCAUACAGCGACCCCGAGCACGUCAAGACGUGGCGCAGAAACCUCUGGAUUUUCGUGUCCAAAUUUACUGAGUUUGGGGCUCGGAAGCUGCAUAAGCUGUAUAAGAUGGCUCAAAAGAAGCGCUCGCAAGAGGAAGAGAAGGAUCAAAAGAAAAAGGACGGUCCUGCCAAGAAGAAGCCCUUUCGACCUGAGCCAUCAGGGUCAAGCCGGGAUUCAACAGGCACUCACCCUUCAGCCAAUCACCCGCCUGGACCUCCUCCCCCUCAUGUCCAUCACAGAGAGCCAUACAACCAAUCUAAUAAAAGGCCUUUCCCUAAUGAUGACAGGGGAGAUUGGCAAAGGGACCGUAAAUAUGGCUACCCAGGUAACAGCAGUCAACCCUGGCAAGGGGAUCGGCAUCACCCGUACGACACUCACAGGUACAGGGACCAUUAUGGCGAUCGCCGGCCUCACAAUGAUUACCGUAGCUCAGGGAGCUACCGUAACAGUGGUUCACCUCGCAAGCGUCCCUAUGACCAAUAUGGUAAUGACAGAGAUCAUCGGGGCCACAGAGACUAUUAUGACAGACAUCCAGACCCCAAGAGGAGGCGCUCGGAUGAAUACCGUUCCCCGAAUUACCAUCAAGGGGGAGGAGGGCAUCCACAAGACUUCAGGAGGUUGCCUGAUCACAGGGGACCGAUUGGGAAUCACGGCCCUGUGGGGCCCGAUCACUACCGCCCUUUUCACCCAGACAAACCCCCACCCCUGAUUGAUCCUCGUUCCCCUCAAGCCCAAAAAUCCCCUCUCGAACCAAUUUCACCUGCAGAAAGAACUGGAGAGCAGAAAUCUGUGACGGACUUCAACUGGAACAGCAGGAAAACGUGAAUAUUAAAGUAAAUAUUUGGCCAGAGCAGAGACCGCUGGUGCUGCCACUUGGCAGAAAGGCCAUUGUCUGUGCCACCCAGUAAAUGGAGGAGACAUAACCAGGUCCAAAUUUUGGAGCUCUUCCUAUCAACUGUCUUUGACUGUCUUCUAGGUUUCAGCGACCAGGUUAGGUCUGCCAUUUUCUUGACUGUGGAUAAUGAACAAAUAAGGCAUGGUUAGUCCUAUGGACUAUGGUGUAAUAAUUGAGUGUUGAAUUAUGCCCAAGUUGGAAGUGCCUCGUGUAUUUUUUGUGUGUAUCCCAGAAGCAAACCUUAAUUUGAUUUUCAUGUCUUUUGUUUUGUGAACUUUGAUUUGUGCAAAAAAAAAAAAUGGUUAAUGAAAGUAGCCUUUUGUAGGGAAAAAUGAUUUUAACUGCACCUUCAGAUGUUUAGUCAUUGUUCUGUUGAGCUAUUUAAAACAUGUAGGAUAUGUUUUCCCUGUUUCCUGUCAUCAAACAUAUUUUGAAGACAACAAAUCGGUCUCCGAUAUUAUCAAUUCUGUAUUUGUGAUGCAGCAGAAUGAACAUUUGCUCAAUUUAUUGAAUUAAAUUUGUGUGCAGGUCCUCUUUUUGUAAUGCAAUGCACAAAGACCCUUUCAGAGGACAGUAGCCUUAUAAAGAAAAUUAGGCUGAACAGUAUUCAGGGUCUAUGAAGACCUGUUUGUCAGAACACUAGAUAAUUAUAACAUGUAAGCUAUCGUUGUCUUAUUUUCUGUAACACAUGGCACCAUCUGAAUCCACUUUCUGGUCAGUUGUCGUAUAAUCUGUACUGUAGCAUCUUUGUAUUGCACUAAAGGACAGCUACUCGCUUGUUUUUGAAUAUGUAGUAAUGAUAGACAUUACCUGAAUUUAUUUUCCUCUCAAGUUCUUUUCCCGGUUUGAAUGUGCUAACAAUGCCGAUCUUUUUGACCUUCAAGUGGAAAUAUGAGUACUGUGUGUAUGGAAAGAUGUGUGUUCAUAGAGUGAUUGGGUGUCACAAGCUAUUUCGUGCCAAACAUUCUCAGACUGGCAUGCUGGUAAAUACCAUUCAUUGAUUGUUUAUGUGUUGUGUUUCUCCAUCUGUGCCUUAUUCUUGUGUAGACUGAAACACCAGUUUGGUAUAAGGAUGUAUGAGAUGCAGUAUUAUUCUGUUGUGUAUUUAAAACAUUUGCCAGGAUGGAGUUUUAAUGAAAUGCAUGUUCAGCCAGCUAUGGUGGGUGGGGAACAAGUUGGUGCGCUGAAAUCCAAAAGAUCAUGGUGGCAGUGAAGUGAGAUGUGGGCUCUGAAAUAUUGAAGAUGUUUCUCCUCUUCCCAAUCAAGGUCCUGCUCACACUCCACAGAUGUGUGUUAAGCUUCGUGAUAAGCCAACUUAAAUAAUUUAUAUUUGUGAAAAGCCACUGUUCAGAUUAAUUGUACUGUACAUAAUGUUUAUAGACCUAUAUGUAUUAAAGUUUCCUACAU